UUCAUAAUGGAAAUACUGAUAGUCUUUUUAAAAUAACAAAUUUCGUCAACACAACUGUAUAUUAUUAUAAGUUUGGGGCUUUCAGCUAUACCAGCAUUUAUCUGGUCAUAACUCUCAAAUGACAAUAUUAUAAAAAACAAAAUUGUUAUUAAGAUAUUUGUUUUACAUAUUUGUAUCCUCCAUGGUAUUAGUACACUGACAAUCAUAGACAACUUGAGCUUUAGUUUAUUCCGGGAAAGUCCUGCUAAUGUAAUUCAAUCAGUUCCAUCAGAAUGAGUUCACGCAGCUUGGCCCAGCGAUGAAAGGCAGGCCAUUCCAUUAUGCCCCGGCAGUGACAGCCAGCUAACAUCCCAUUGGAACAAUCCAGUAGCGCAUGAACUGCAACUCCUUCAGUACUUUUGUAUAAUGACGCCUCGAAAUUUAUGGUUAAAAUAGUAAUCCAAUGGCGGUGGAGGAAUAAUUUACAGCUGUUCGCAGCGGUUGUUUGACUAAUAGCCAUCAUUUGAAGAAUGCUGCUUUACUCGUGGCAUUGGCAUAGACAGAUGAUUUAGAUAGAUACAGGACUCUGAAUGAAGUCGGCCACUUCUAAAUCGUCACGUAAACAGUUAUAUUCUUCUUACAACACAUUAUUCUUAACUAAUUGUAUGACUUGAUGCGGAGGAUCGUGCACGUGCAUCCAUGAUUCAAUCUCACACAAACCUUUCUUCGCCAAAGGAUGUCUCCUUCCGAACAGUGAAAUAGUUGAGCAUCAGCAACUGAUAAUUUGUUCUCUUUCAUUAUAAUAUAAAAACAACAUCAGCUGUGAGAAUCUGUGUUGUCUGCAUGUGAAUCAACGAUUCAUAUUUUGCAAAUUGACUUGGGAUAUGGAGAAUGCUUGCACCAGGUCAUUGUGUAGUUAUUGCCUCCAGAGUAUUUGGAACAUUUUAAACGGUUGAGCAUCAGCAACUGAAAAUUCUGUCUCUUCUUUUCAGUAUAAUAUAGAUACAACAUCAGCUGUGAGAACCUGGGUGCCUGCAUGUGAAUCAACGAUUCAUAUUUUGCAAAUUGACUUGGGAUAUGGAGAAUGCUAGCAGCCAGGUCAUUGCGGAGUUCUUACCCGACGUGGCCGUUAAUAAAACAUCGCUAUUCACUUACGGAGAAAGAGUAGGGGUUGCAAUCGUGCUUCUGAUUAUCUUCGCUCUUGGUACACUGGGCAAUAGUAUCGUCAUCUUGGCUGUUGCCCUAUCUAAGGAUUUACACACUAUUCCUAACGUGUUUGUAGUGAGUCUAGCUAUUGCAGACCUCUGUUAUUGUCUUCUACUUCCUUCAAGUUCGGUGAUACCUUUACUUUCAACGGACCCAUGGCACUCAGAGACUCUUUGCUUCCUCUCAGCAUUGAUGGCGUACACAAGCAUAGGGGCAAGUCUGUACAAUCUUGCCUGCAUCGCUCUCAACCGCCUAUUGGUGAUUAGAGGACCAGCGAAGGCUCGUAAAUGGUUAUUCACAACGAAGAAGAUUACCAUUAUGGUGGCAGGUACGUGGGCCAUCCCUCUGGCAGCCAUGUUGGUUCCACUACCCUUUGGGAUCGGUGCUUUGGGACUUGAUAAGCAAGAUAACACAUGCAGUGACAUUGACACCCACCCUCGGUUCAUGGAGUAUCAUUUGAUCCAGGUGUUCUGUUUUUAUCCCCUACCACUUAUGAUCCUUAUCAUCAGCUACUCUUUGCUAUUUUUUCACGUACAGCAUAAUUUCAAGCAUCGUCGGGAAUCAUUCAAACUAACCCAUCAAGAGAUGUCUGACUUUCGAACAGACGAUGACACGAUGCAAGACAAACUUAAAGCGCGUUUUAAGAAGCGCACAAACCGACAACAACUGCAGAUCACCAAAAAUCUGUUCAUUGUUUCCUGCGUAUUCGUUGUGUGUGGUGCCCCGUAUACAGUUGCUCUACUAACAACUUCGAACGCAAGAAUACUGCUGUUUCUCUCUGUGUUGUUUACAUUUAACAGCUGUGUCAAUCCAAUAUUAUACACUGUCAACCAUUCCAGAUUCAAGGUAGUUAUUCUAUGCAUCUUAAGAUGCAGACUGAAGGAUAUACCUAAACCGUCUGCUCUUCUUGUGUCUCUCCGUGCAAGAUUCUGUCGAGUAUAAAAAUUGCCCAUUUGAGUUUUAUGGUAGGCCUAUGGUGUCUCUUAAUAAACAGAUACUGUGCAUGUUAAAUUUCACUAGUGAGUAAGUUGUUAUUGGUCUAAUGGCCUUCUGAAGACCUUUGUAAAAGACCCAUACUAUCACGUGUCCCAACAUAAAUGAAUAAAUUAACAAGCAUGUAAACAUUAAUAGGCUCAAUUGGUCAUCAAAUAAACGGCUUCAGCUGCCGUAUAGUCUUCUAUUAUCUGAGUGAGAAUAUCUCUUUCUCAAAAGAACUACAUUACUUCAGAGUGAGCCGUUUCUCAUCAUGUUUUAA